GUACCAAACUGCCAAUAAAGCUAGCAAAUUGAAUUCUCAAAGGCAAGUGUCAUAGUAGAGUUCUACACACUCUCUCUCUCUCACUCUCAUACAAACAACAAACCGACUUGCUUUAUCUUUUCUCCACUAACACAAAAAGACUCACCACCCUUUUGCUUUUCUGUUUUUUUUUUGGAUUGUUGUAGCUAGAUCCACAACAAAACUAAAGAAAGAUGAUCCAAGAACUCUUUGGUAAUGGUGCUAGUGCUACCCUCACAUCAAGUGAAAGAAACUACUCUUCCAUUAAUGGAGGAGUUUUACUUCAACCAACAACACAACCUCCUUCUUCAUGUCCAUCUUCCACAACCACCACCACCACUGCACCAACCACCGUCACCACAACCACCACCACCUCAUCAGAAAACCAACAACAUCUAAGGUGUCCAAGAUGCGACUCAUCAAACACAAAAUUUUGUUACUACAACAACUAUAACCUCACUCAGCCUCGCCAUUUCUGCAAGACAUGCCGUCGUUAUUGGACAAAAGGAGGUGCUUUAAGAAACGUUCCAAUUGGAGGUGGCUGCCGGAAAAACAAGAGCAUCGGUGCCUCAAACAACGCGGCAAAAAUAGCUACAAACAAGAUGAAAACAGUUUCUUCUUCGGAGUUUAUUGGAAGGUCAACAAGUGGUCAAGGGUUUGAUCUCGAACACGUUGUUCCACCACAAAGUCAAAUCCUAUGGGGUUCUCCUCAAAAUUCUCAUAUACUUUCUUUGCUAAGAUCUAGUCAAAACCAAAACCCUAACCCUAAUCAUGUUAAGGAAGAAGGCAAUAACUUCAUAGGGUCCCAUGUUUCUCACAUGAUGAGUUCUCAGCCGUUGAUUUCGUCAAAUGGUUAUGAUGGUGUUGGACAUGUUUUAUGCAACCCAUUUUGGAGAAACAAUCAUGAUAAUCAAACUCAACAAUUACAAAAUGGUGGAUUUGUACUUGGGGAUCAACAACAUCAGCAUCAUCAAAACAGUGGAAUCCAAGAACUGUACCAGAAACUAAGGUCAUCAACAACUUUCCCUAGUAACAGUGUUGGUGAUAUUUCAUCUUCACCAACGGUAUUACUAGGGAACGCGGCUUCAAAUUCUUCGUCUAUAUCCAACAUUUUGGAGACAACUUCAGUUACUGGUGGUGAAUUAGGGUACUGGAAUCCAAUUCCAACCCUUACUUGGUCUGAUCUUCCAACUACCAAUGGUGCAAUUCAAACCCAAUAUCAGUAAUAAGUGUAACUACGUGUUCUUUUUCUUUUGUUGACCGGUCAAAUCUUCUUUUACCAUUACAUAGUAGCAUAGGUUUUGCUCCUUAAUUCUAUCUUAGAGUUUGUAUUUUUUUGUGUGUGUUUGGUUUUGGUUUGGGUGGUAUAUGAAUAUGGAUCUAGUACUAGUUUUUUUUUCUUCUGUCCAUUUUCCCUCCCUCUCUCACCUUCUAUCAUUUACUUCUUUUUGUGUAACUUAGUUAAUGGUGUGUUCGGAUAAGUUAUUAAUUUGAAGACCAGAGAGUUUAAAAUUGUAUUAUGUAUAAGGUAGUCUAUUUUGAAUUCUUGUUAUUA